AUGUUUAACGUCGUGAGUCGAAAGUACGUCCCCACGCGCCCCGCGCUCACCGACGACCCCCCGGUGACCGUCCAGACCGUCCACGUCUCCAAGUCCGCGGACGCACCGGAGGCGACGUGGCCGCCGCACGGAGCCAAGAUGCGGAUCUCCAAGGCCAACAAGGGCCCGGCGGUGGUUCGAGCGCUGCGGCGGCACACGUCCCCUCCGCCGGCCAGCCUGGAGAGCCUGGAGGCGGCCUGGAGCGAGAGAGCGCGACCGGAGGCGGCACCGGAGAGGAGAGACCGCGAGGGGGAGGCUCCGGGCAGCGGAGCGGAGGGCCACGGAGCAGGGCCACAGAGGAGCCGCAAGAGGGGCUUCAGACCCCCCGACGUGAGGACCAUCUUCUCCCCCGAGGAGAGGGACCCCAGGGUGAAGGAGGAGUCCGGGGAGGGACACACCUUCCAGGCCGGAGGGGAGGACACCUGGUGCGACGCCUGCUGUCAGUACAUGUUCCAGCCCGGACUCACCUGUGCAGGGUGUAAAUACACGUGUCACGCUGCGUGUCGGGACCGAGUGUCACUGGACUGUCAACCUGCAGCGUCGCACAUCAGCCAGGACCAGCUCAACAACAACACACAGCUGCACGAUGUGGAGAAGGAGAGAGAGCUGCGGACGGAGUUCAGCAGGGAGGAGAUCAGGCAGAAGAUCGAGCAGUACAACUGUGUAACCAAAGACCACCUUAAAAUGACGCAGAGUUCCUCUGGUGUUUACACCGGUUUCGUCAAAGUCCAGAUGGACUUGCGGAGGCCGGUGACGGUGCGGGGGGGUCAGAGAGGAGCGGGAGGAGCCGUGGUGCAGGAGGCUUUUUAUCUGCCCCGCGGUGUCAUCAACACCCUCCACGUCAGCUCCAAUAACACAGUCCGCCAGGUGGUCGUCGCUCUGUUGAACAAGUUCACAGUCGCAGACAACCCGGCCAAAUACGCCCUCUACAAGCGCUACCGGAGAGAAGAGCAGGUGUACGUGUGUAAGCUGGCGGAUGGCGAGCAGCCGUUGUUUCUGCGUCUGGUGGCGGGACCCGACACCGACACGCUCAGCUUCGUACUGAGGGAGCAACAAAUCGGAGAAGUCAUGUGGGACGCCUUCUCCAUCCCCGAGCUGCGUAACUUCUUGCGGAUCCUCGACAAGGAGGAGAAGGAGCAGGAGGAUGCGAUACAACGCCGCUACGAUUCCUAUCGCCAGAGACUGCAGGAGGCGAUGACGGAGGUCCGACGGCCUUCUCAGAGGAUUUAACCUCCGCUAAACAGGACUACUGCCCCCUAGAGGGACGGAGGAGGUGAUUUUGUUUUUACCUCCUCAUCAAAGGAGGAAAACGGUGUAAAUUCUGAUGGAGAGAGGGAUGUGAACAGAGGAUAAGAAGGAGGAUCCAGCUUUUAAAGGACGAUACAGACGGAGGGAUGAUAAAAGACGAUAAACACUGAGAGACAGCCGGCGAAGGACAAGCAAAGGGAUGAACGGACAGAAAUCGGACGGACGACGCCGGAGUUUGAUUCCCGCUCGGUUAAAGACUUGAAACUCGCCGCCUGCUCUUCUGCUCCGUCUGCCUGCGAACACCAAAGAUUCACUGAUUUGUGCCAUAUUCCCUCAUCCUCUCCCUCUCUCCGUCCAUCUCUCUCUCUCUCCUCUCUCACUCUGUCCUGCUGUCACAUAAUUUAUGCAGUUUAUCUGACUCCUUUGUUUCCCCCAGUUUUUAAUCCUCUUCUGAAUCUGUGAGCGACUCGAGGCCAUAUGUUGAGUCAGAGUUUAACUUAAUUUGUUUUUGAGGUCUGUACAUAUUUUUUUCCUUAAUUUAUAUGGGUGAAGCUUUUUUUUUUUUUAUUGUUUUUUCUUUUUAAAAACAAAGUCUUAUUUUUUGAGUUUAUUCUCCAGAGGCGGAGCAACAGUUUGAACACAGACACGGAGAAAAGUUUAUCCAGAAGUAAACACACAAACAACACAAGCAUCCAAAACUACUGGAUGUUGUUUUCACAAGCUGUAUUAUCACCGAAUAUCACGAUACUGUACCAUCGAUAUAUUUAUCAAGUUGCUAUCGUUGAUGAGUUUUGCUUAAAUGAUCGUGAAAGUGACAAAGGAACGAGCAGGUUGAAGCUAUGGAGUCUCGAGUGUGCCAAAGAGAAGAUGGUUUUUAUUAUUCAGUUAUUAUCUCAACUGACAUUUGUUUUAAUCUUGUUUUACUUUGUGUUAUUUUCACAGACAUAUGACAAAUUAAAUAUGAAACAGGGGCUUUUUGUUUGUGAUACAUAAUUUAAUUGCAAAUGUAAUCGAUGUUUAUUUUAUUAUUAUCAUCAAAUGAAUUUUGGCACACUUGAGGUUCCACAGCGUUUUUUUGCCUGAAACUGGAUGUUUUUCUGAAAACAGACACGAACUCUGCGACUGUGGCGACUGACGCGUGAUCGAUGAGGAAAGGUUUGAAUAAGUAGAAGGAAUAAAGUCUCAGAUCGGAGCUCGUGAGGACAGGAAGUCGCUGGUGGCUGUAGACGUGUUUGUUGAUGAGGGUGAAGUUGACCGUGAUGAGCUGGUGGGAUUUUAAAGUUUUCACGCCACCGGCAGAGUUUGAGCUGAAGUGAACUGAUGUGAUUUGGAGAGAUGUGACCUCUGACCUCGGAGGAGGGAGGAAGCGACGAUUGAACGGCUUCUGGAAGACGACUAGAAGGUUUAGAGGAAGUAGAAAAACGGACAUUAGAUGGAGGAAGGAAGAAACGAUAAGAGAGGAGAUUAAGAUUCGUUGCCACAGGAGGUAAUUCAACAGAAAGAUAGUUCGUGGAAGCUGUGACCUUGAGAACAAUGACGGCAUUCUCUGUUUUGUUUGCAUAUAUGAAACAACCUGUAAUCCACCGCUGAGAGAGACGCACGCCUGUAAGAGCAGAAAGACGCAUUGUCCUGCUCUCGUUCAUUGUGCUUCUCUUCUUCGUUGCGCUCUUAUCUCAAGUUGGAACGUGCAGCCUCGACCUCCAGCUUUUUGUCUGGUGGAUAAAAGGGAGAAACAUUACAGAGGACAACAAGGAAAGAACGUUAGAAGAGGAGGAAUAUGGAGAAGAGGAGAAGGUUAAAGAUAAAUGUGCUGAAGAAGAGUUUUGUUCAUGAAAGGUUUCUUUCAAAGUCACAAAGGCCUUUUCAUAGCUGCCUUAAAUAUAUAUAUAUAUGCAAUGUCCUCUUUGGCUUAUGUGGUUUAUCAAAUGACACAAAGACCAGAGAGGAUUGUUUCUAGUCUAGUUUUGUAAAAGUUAUUGUUUUUUUUCGCUUUUAGAAUCAAGAGUUUAUUCUAGAUUUUCAGGAAACGACUGAAAUCGUAAAGACAAUCAUUUAAGUAAACAACAAUGCAAAUGAAAACCUGUUUGAAUCGUUGUAGUGAAUGAAAACAAAGAUAAAAUGCUUGUUCCAGCUGCAGGUACUGAAUGAAGUCGAACUGACGGUGCUGUGGUUGAGACUGGUUGUACUGGUUGUACUGGUUGUACGAUACCGCCGUCCAGUGGACAAACUAACUACUACUCUCUCUUCUCUGUGUCAAACGCAUUGAGCAUAGAUUUUAUUUUCAUUUGUUAUAACCAAAGAUAUUUUUGUGGUGUUGCCUGGAGCAAAAAUAUAAGAGAGGUGUCUUCCCACCGGAGGGAGAAACAUAUUUAGUUUAGAGUUUUAUUUAAAAGGGUUUUUAAACCUGAUUUAUUUACUUUCAAACACUGGGUUAAAAGUAUGGAGGCAAAAAAAGGGCCUUAAAGAGUUUACUCUCAGAAGCUAAUUUAAAUUUGUACUAUUUUUUGUAAACAAAAUAUCAGGAUGAGAAAGUCAAACUUAACUUUAAACUGAAUUCUGUGCUGCCUAGAAUUAGCAAAAUACAAAAUUUGGUGUUGCUUGAUAAAAGAAACAACCAAAAUAUACAAUUGAAACUACUUUGGCCACUUUUUGCCUCCAUACUGUAAAAUUUAAAGUGAUACACACGUCUGCAUCUUUAAGCCAUGUUGUUUGUGUAAAUUCUAAACAACUUUAGCUGUUGAAACACAUCAGACCAGACUAGUAUCAAUAUUUAUAUUUUAAUUUUUUUGGGGCACUUUACCUUUUUAAAUUCAGGGAAGACGGGUUUUUAUUUUUCCCCAGUUUUAUCUUCAAAACCUCCGCUAUCGCUCUGUGUACAUUAUCUUAACAUCUAAUACUCUUAAUUUGAAAGAUGUUGUUAAGCUCUACUUAUUAAGUUUUUUUUUAUUUUAUCAUAUGAAAGUAAAGUGUGGCAGAAUAAGUUUUAUUUUGUUUUGUUCUGUUUCAGCUGUCGACUGUGAAAUGUUUGGUUGAAUCUCGUCUGUCGCACGUUUGUCCUUCUGUACGUGAUACCUGUUUUCACCACUGGGCUGUUUGACGUCUAAGCUUCUGAAUUAUCGUGUAUAGAAGCAGUCGGACGACUUUUGGAAAAUGGUUUGAACCCAAAUACUAUUUUUUUUUUUUUCUCCAACGCUGUCAAAUCUGCUGCUUAUUUAAAUUCAGCUGGUUGAUCAGUUCAUAUUUGACGGAAUGCCAAAGAUCUGUGUCGCUCUUCUGCCACUUGUUCAUUUUAUUUUUAUCUUUUAUUUUGUAUUGUCCACUGAUUCUGUCGGUUUUUUGUUUUUGUGCAGAGAGAAAACAUCUGAAACAAAACACACACACAGGUUUUUAAAUUUCACGCCUGAGCUGAAAAACCCCAGAAUCGAAGUCGUCUCCUGAAUCAAACCGGAUGAAAAGAAUUUUAGUUUCUAAUCCUCGUCCUGAUUUAAAGUUAUUUAUUUUUUCCGAUUCAGCUCCGAUGUAGUUUUUGAGUUCAGUCUGAAAGCCGUGAGCUCGGCCGUGCCUUUGUGAAGCAGCAGAGAAACGAUGGUUUGUGUGUUUGUCGGUGUCUCUCUUGUUCUCUUGGAAUCAAAACGUGGCCUUUUCCUCACACGGAGGUCGGGCUGCAUCUAUUAAAGGUGAAAUUAAAACUCA